AAUGCAGAUGUCGUUCAAAGACUUCUCAUUGGUGCUUACGACGUUUCUUUCAAAAUGAGGCAGUCAUCACGUAAUUACCUCGGGGUUCAAGCAGACAAUGGAACAUAUUUAGUUGGCAACGUAAGUAAAAACGUGCAGGAAGUUUCUGUUGCUAACACAGUUAUCCAGUAUACCCGCAAGAAGUCAAAGUACAAAGUGAUACUCACGAUUCCAGGUCCUACAGAUCAGAUUCUUAAAGUAGUGUAUGUUUAUGUCCAAGGUGGAAAUCCAGGAGUAGACUUUGACUUUAAAAGGGUCGUGCAACCUUCCGACACACCGCCUGAGAAUAAAUUUGAAUGGGUGACAUACACGUGGUCCGCCUGUUCCACAACGUGUGGCCAAGGUGUUCGUACACGCUCAGCGAGAUGUAUUCGGUCAGAUGACAAAACACCCGCCAGCGAUGAAGCUUGUGGAGAGAAAAUUACAAGUGAAUCAUGCCAGGUCAAGGACUGUCCCUCGGAAUGGCACACCACUGAUUGGUCAACAUGCUCCAGAUCAUGUGGCAAUGGGUUGCAGACACGCGAUGUCAUCUGCCGUAAGAAGAUCAACCCUACAGAGUAUGGACCAAGCACAAACUGUCCUGCUAAUCAAAAACCCAGCAUUUCUGAGAAUGUUCGAUAUUGUAACAGCAUCGAUUGCUUGGCUGAUUGGGACACUCAAGAGGGGCUACUGAGAGACAAAUGCGGGGAGCCAAUUGAUCCAGCGACGCUCUCUUGUUACCGAUUGGAUCAGUUUGGCCAGAAAGCCAUGGUUCCGAAUCUUUUAUGUAGGUACAGAGCUAAGCCGACACGUCUCCCGUGUACAACUACAUCAUAUCGUUCACAAUCAUAUCGACAUCAAUAUGCAAUAUUUACCAGCGUAUUGGUUCCUGUGCUUCAGAUGUUGCUGGAGUAUUAUAAUUUGGGAUAGGUUGCAUUUACUGACGUCUGUCCUUGAAGGAACUUUGAUUUUAAAUUGUUAGAGGUCCCUUUUGUUGCAAGUCAAAUGGCUCUCUCUCCUUGGGAGUGGGAAAGGAUGCUCUGUUACAUAUAUAAAUGAUUUCAAGUGUGACAGUACAAUCAAAUCAGCUUCUUCUUAGAGUUCAAUCAUUGCGAAUGUCCUUAAAUAUAUUUUAACAAAUUUGAAUGGAAACUUUACCUUGGGUGUCUACUAGCAUCUCAGCUAAAAUGAGAAGCACAGAAUAAAAAAUAAAAUAAUCCGUCAGCAGAAUUAAAUAAUCCGUCAGCAGUACCGUUUACUGGCA